GCUUGGGCGUUUGCAGGGGCGCCCGCCAUGCUGGCAUACAUGGUCCCAGCCCGCGUGGCGCGGGCCAGCGAUCCAGCCGCCCGCGCCGCGCGGGAGAGAGCCGCCGCAGAGUGGAAACGAGCCGAGGCAGAGAGACUCGGGAUACCUUGGCCCCGCCCGCGGGUGCACAAGCGCGUUGGGCGCCCCAGCAGGCAGGAGCAUUUCCACGAUGCAAUUUAUUCUGCGUUGGAGAAACAGUCUCUCCCUGAAGGCCUGGAGACCGCUGAUGUGCCUGGCUGGUGGGGGCGAGGCGUGGGCCUGGUUCGAACUGUCGCCGUUGCAACGGAGGACAUGCAACAGGCGGCCCUUGGCGGCCCUCGCCAGGGUGGCGUCGAGGCGGAUCCCUGGCAGUUGCUGGAGAUGCCAGGGGAAGGCCGCGAGGGCAGCCACGCUAGCGAACGCGGACAUGCAGAGGAGGAGGAGGGUGCCCUGGCAGGCGGAGGCGACAUGGAGACACCCCCUAAGAAGAAACGUAAGCAGAAGGUGCUGGUGCCAGACGAGGCUAAGGCGUGGUUCCUGGAGUACGUCGAGUACCAGAAGAAAAGGUACGACUGGUCAAUGGCGAGGUCGCUGCGCAUGGCCAAGGAGCUGGCGCCCGACAUCUUCCGAGAUGUCCAGAAAGACACCCUUUUCCGGUGGGGCGAGAAGCGUAGCGUGGCGAAUACGAUGAAUGGGAAGUUGUCCAACGUCGCCCUCACGAAGCUGGCGGAGAUCGCCCAGGCUACCGCGGUUCGCGUCCCCGUGGCGGCGGACAUCGACGCCAUUCCUGAGGCCGGGGAGAACUUUCGAUUGAAGAUCGUUUACAUCCGCCACGCCCACGACAUCGCCGCCGAUAGGGUCGUCAACAUCGACCAGACAUCCGUGCGCGUCUUGCCGACGUCAAAACGCGGCUGGAAGGUGAGCGCCGGAACUCAGAAGUGGGCGGUGGACAUGAAGCGACAGUUGACAGUGGUCCUCGCGUGUUUCAUGGAGAGGCCCGACGUCUACGCUCAAGUGAUUUUCCAAGGGAAGACAAAGGGGUCGUUGCCAGCGGGCGACGUCCCAGAUGGGAUGGCGCUCACGUUUACAGAGAAUCACUGGUCCAACACGAAGACCAUGCUCGAACUCGUCGGGUUCCUUAACGAGAAAAUCAACGCCGCGGACGGCGAGCAGGAGCGGCCGUGGAUCAUGGCGUUGGACGUCGCCCCCGUCCACGUGAGCAAGGAGUUCCGUGAGGCGUUGCGAGAGGAGUACCCGUGGGUGAGGACGCCGUACGUGCAGCCGCGCAGAACUUUCUGCGCCCAGCCGCUGGACGUGUCGUACAUGCGCUCGUUCAAGGCCUCGCUGGCGGCGUCCGCGUCCAAGGACUUUGCCAGGCAAGUCGUGGACAGGCUUGACGACCAGGGCACUUUCGAGUUUGACUUCCGGUUGUCCGUGCUCAAGCCGAAGCUCGUAUUGUGGAUCAAGGAGGCUCUCGGCGUGCUCCAGGGGAAGGACCACCUCCGCCUCAGAGGAUGGAAGCAUGCCAGGGUGGCUCCAGAGGAGUGGGACGACGCCGUCCGGCUGGCCCAGGAGCGCCACGCAGCGAAGGCGCUGUUCCAGAAAUCCCAGACCAACGUGGUGCCCGAGGACCCGCCAGGGGCAGAUGAAGCGGACGCCCCGCUGCCAGCCCACGUAGAUCCCGUCGAGGAGCCUGAGGUGGGUGACGAAGACGACGAGGUGGGCAACGAGGUGAUUUUGCUCGGCCCCGACUCGGAGCACGGAGAAGGCGAGGCCCCCGACGAGGCGCCGGGGCCUGGUCAAGUCUUCGACAACGCGCCUGACUCGGAGGACCCCGCCGCGGCGUCGGACGUCGUCCUC